CUUCUCAGCCUCUUAUUCUCCACAGCGUGGAAUUUGAAGAUGCUUUGGCUACACUUUGCAUCAUGGUUGCACCUAUGGCUCCGCACGUUGCAUCAGAGAUGUGGAAAGGUUUGGGACACAUGCAGAAUAAACUUUGUACUCAUCAUCACUGGGAUGUUGAUGUGCUGCAUCAGUCCUGGCCCAAAGUAGACCCAGAGUACCUUCAGCCAUCAGAUGUUGUGGAGAUGUCUGUUCUGAUCAAUAACAAAGCUUGUGGCAAAGUUUUUGUGCCUCAGCAAGCAGCCCGCAAUUUUGAAGAAGUCCACGAACUAGUUCUUCAAAGUGAACUUGGAGUCAAGCAUCUCCAGGGACGAACCAUUAAAAAGGCCUUUCUGUCUCCCAGAACUGCCCUUAUCAACUUCUUAGUGCAAGAAUAGCAAAGGCUCUGCUGGGCUGUAAAAGGGAACUGGAAUCUUUCAAGAUGAAACCAAUUCAGAAGUACCAGUUAUGGUUAUUGAAAUCUCAUGUAACAGUGAGGAAGAAAUGUUAUUAAAUUCAAGUUACUGCUAAAUCUUCAUUUCAGCAUGAAGAAAUGCGCAGAAUUAAAGCUUCUUAUGGGGUGGU